UGGAUAGCAGAUGUUGCUUAGUGGAUUCCUGAAUUACCUGUAUUUAAGAAUAAGUGGCACAGAUUUCAAGAUGAACGCCAUAAUGGAAACCCCUGAGCUGCCCGCAGUCUUUGACGGGGUGAAGUUGGCUGCCGUCGCUGCGGUUCUCUACAUCAUCGUUCGCUGCCUCAACCUGAAGAGCCCGACUGCCCCUCCGGACCUUAUUUUCCAAGACACUCCUUUGUCGCGCUUCCUAAUCAAGUCCUGUCCUCUUCUGACCAAAGAGUACAUUCCACCUCUGAUCUGGGGGAAGAGCGGGCACAUCCAAACGGCCCUUUAUGGGAAGAUGGGGAGAGUCAGCUCGCCGCAUCCGUACGGGCUUCGCAAGUACCUCACAAUGCCGGAUGGGGCAACGGCCACCUUUGACCUCUUUGAACCUCUGGCUGAACACUGCAUUGGAGAAGAUGUCACGAUGGUGAUCUGCCCUGGAAUAGCCAAUCACAGUGAGAAGCAGUACAUCCGAACUUUUGUGGACUACGCCCAGAAGAACGGCUAUCGAUGCUCUGUGCUAAACCACCUUGGUGCCUUGCCAAACAUUGAGCUGACUUCCCCGCGCAUGUUCACUUACGGUUGCACAUGGGAAUUCGGAGCCAUGGUAAACUACAUCAAAAAAACGUAUCCCCAGACCCAGCUGGUCGUGGUCGGCUUCAGCCUAGGUGGAAAUAUAGUUUGUAAAUACCUGGGGGAAAAUCAGGCGAACCAGGAGAGUGUGUUGUGCUGCAUCAGCGUGUGUCAAGGGUACAGCGCCCUAAGGGCACAAGAAACUUUCAUGCAGUGGGAUCAGUGUCGGAGAUUUUACAACUUCCUCAUGGCAGACAACAUGAAGAAAAUAAUCUUAUCUCACAGACAAGCCUUGUUUGCCGAAAGCCCUAAGAGGCUCCAAGCAUUAAUGGAUACGGACCUGAACAGACUUCACACGGCAACGUCUCUCAUGCAGAUAGACGACAAUAUCAUGAGGAAAUUCCAUGGCUACAGCUCCUUAAAGGAAUACUACGAACAGGAGAGUUGCUUGCGUUUCUUGUAUAGGAUCUAUGUUCCCCUUUUGCUGGUCAAUGCUUCUGAUGAUCCUCUAGUGCACGAGAGUCUGUUGUCAAUUCCAAGAACUCUUGCAGAGAAGCGGGAAAACGUCAUGUUUGUCCUGCCGCUGCAUGGAGGUCACCUGGGCUUCUUCGAAGGGGCGGUGCUCUUUCCCAAACCCCUCACCUGGAUGGAUAAGCUCGUGGUUCAGUAUGCCAGCGCCAUCUGCCAGUGGGAAAGGAAUAAAUCUCAAUGUUCUGAUACAGAACAGUCGUCUUCUGGACAAGAGUAAACGGUCCCAAAGACUUUUCAGGUUGUUUCAUCUUAUCUCUCCCCCGCCC